AUGGCAGCAUCAAUGGAAGCGGGGCUUUUGAAUUCCAUACAGCAAAAGAUUUCUCACAACACUGAAAGCACACAGGCCCUAGAGAAUUUCGGGUGGUCGGUGCCAAGGAUUCCGGUCAUGCACAGGGUCCCGGAUGUUCUUCGUCGACAAAAGCAAAAGCAACAUGUGUACAGUCCUACCACAGUAUCAAUCGGGCCUAUUCACAAUAUUGGGGCGGAACCACAUUUGCAAGAAAUGGAGGAGAUCAAGUUGAGCUACAUGCAUAUGCUUUUUAAUCGAUGCGGUCAAGCAAAAUUUAAGCAAGCACAGAAAGAUUGUGUGGAUGCUAUGGGAGCGAUGGAAGGCGAUGUCCAGAAAUGCUUUGCAGAAGUCAAACUAGACAAAAAUCCAAGGCUUGCAGAAAUAAUUCUUAUUGAUGGUUGCUUCUUAAUUGAGCUUUUUUUCAGGAAUUAUCGAAAGGAACAAGACCCCAUUUUGUGGAACCCUUUCAAGUACUACGCGGUCCAACGCGACUUGCUACUACUCGAGAACCAGAUUCCUUUCUUUGUUCUUGAAAAAUUGUUCGAGCUCUUGGUGAAAUAUAUCGAGGUGGUUGAGGGAAAACCCAAUCCUAGCAGUGUUAAUGAAUGUGUUAUUUCAUUCUUUGCAGGUAUGAUGGGCUUAGAGAUUAAUAAUGCUCCAACAGAAGAUAGGUAUAACAGAACUCCUUCUGAUAUACUUACCAACAAAAGAGAAGCAAAAGUUAGAACUCCUCAUCAUAUACUUCAUCUUUUACACACGUGCUAUGUGCCUUGUAUUUACGAAGAAGAAUGGAAGACAUGGGAGCAAAGAAACAAAGAGGUUCCAGGGUUCAAAUAUGCUGCAACACAACUCGACAUUGCAGGUGUCAAGUUGCAGGCACGUGAAAAAACAAACCUAUUCAAAUUGAAAUUUACUACUCCUCGUCAUUGUUUUUGUUUGUGGCGAAAAGGUCAGUUUGAAAUCCCACCUUUCACCAUUGACGAAUCCACCGAGCCACUCUUGAGAAACCUCAUUGCUUUUGAGCAAUGCAACCCGGGGUUUCUAAGUUUCUUCACAUCCCAUGCUUUCCUCAUGGAUAUCCUCAUUGACACCGAGGAUGAUGUUAAAUUGCUUGAAGAAGUAGGAAUCAUAAGUAACUGUUCGGGUUCCAGGGAAGCCGUGUUACAAAUCUUCAACGACAUUUGCAAGAAUGCUGUUCCACGAUAUUUUCUGUACGCUGAUCUAUGGAAGAAUGUGAAGGAUUUCUGCACGCCAAGGCGAGUAGGUUUUCGAAAGUUGAUACGGUAUUAUUUUGGUAAUAUAUGGAUACGAGUAUCAGUCAUUGGUGCCAUUCUCCUUUUUAUCCUCACUUUUUUGCAGACCUUCUUCACCAUAGCAUCAUCCACAUGA